AUGGCUUUUUACGAUGCCUUCAACACCAAGGACCGCCCCAACUGCUACGAUAUCAAUGUCUCCGCAAUCCCGGAUUACUUCAGUCACAUUCACUUCGCCUUUGCCGAUCUAACCGCGGACUACCAGCUCGAUGUCAGCCGCACCAGCGACCAAUUUGAGGCCCUCAAGAAGAUGCCCAACAAGAAGAUCAUCUCCAUCGGAAUCGGAGAGAAGUUCAACAGCACAAUGUCUAAGAUGCUCCAUGCGGGCGUGCAGAGUGACAAGGCCGACCUUUUUUCCCAGAGUAUCGGCGCGUUUAUCGAUUCACAUGGCCUUGAUGGUGUCUCUCUCGCCUGGAGCCCGUAUGCCGGGGAGGUCGACCAGUAUAUUUCAUUUCUCGGUACCUUGAGGAGCCAGCUGCCGGCCGGAAAGACAAUCUCCGUCGCUAUCGACAGGCAUUUCCAGGAUCCGAAGUAUAAGAUUAAACAGAUCGCUGAUGCUAUCGAUCACUUUAUCUUCAAAGCUUUCGAUUAUCACGGAUAUCUAGAUGUUCUCUCCCAGCCUCAACUUUUCACCAAUUCUGGAGUCCCCUCUACGAAGAUCUUCAUCGGCAUGGCCCACCAUGGCAGAAGUGUCAAGUUGGCCGACGCCGAGUGCUUUAACACUACCUAUCCUGCAUUUGAAACUUAUUUCCCGUUCGAUGAAGACGACAAGGAUAAACCCCCCAUUGUCCGGGACAUUUACGAUUCCGCGUCCAAGGCCAAUAUCUUCAUCUAUAACGACGAUCAGUACAUUUCUUGGCUUGAUAGAGAGGCCAGGAUGGAUUGGUUUAGCGCGCUUGUCGACUAUGAUAUUGGCGGCAUCGUGGACUGGAUGUACGAUCUUACCUUUGGCGUUGAUACCCUCAUCAGGCCCAUGAAGGCCAACGACACGAACAUUGCUCCUCGGUGCGACUUCAGCCGAAAAUUCAAGGACCUCAACGAAGUGGACAGAGCCAUGUCGGAAGAAGGCGUGAACCCGGAAUGCGCCGGGUACUACUCCCUCAUAGCGCUCGAAAGCAUGCUCGAUGAUGCAAUACAGGCGUACGAGGACAUCGAUAGCGAUAACUUCAACGAGAACUGGGACUCAUACGGGAGCCACAUCAACAACACCAUUCAGAUCCAGCUCGAUAGGUGCAUCAACUGGAUAGACAAUGGUCCUUGCAACAAGUACUUCCAUUGCGCAAUGGAGGAGGCGGACCAGUUCUUGGAUGAAGGAACCUGUCCGUUGGGCAAAUACGACCCAGCCCGCUUUUCCGAUUACGUUGUCACAUACACUCUAGAAGACGAAGACGGUUUUUACAGAACACUUUCGGAGGAAUACGGAAUCGAGAGGGACUGGGUCAAGUUUGGCGAGACUCUAGAACAACAGAAAUGCCACACUCAACCCCAGCAGUCCGACAGCCCACAACACGACGGACCGGGACGCCGCCUGUCCCGGCGACAAGAGUGCCACUCCUACCGACGGGAAGUCAAGAACAAGCCCAUGAAGGCCGACGACAUCCAGGUCUCCAACCCCAAGGAAUUAAUCAAGCAAGUCAGCGCAAACCUCACAAGCAUCCAGGCCGCCUUCACCGAGCAGCGCAUGGCCAUCAUCUCGAGCCUAUGGAAUGGAACCUACCACGAGCCGGCCGAGGCGUACUCCAUGCCCGUCUUCAUGUUCAUGCAGGCCGUCGAGUCGAUGAACCAGGCCGCCGCGAUCGGGGAAGAGUACCGAAAGGAAAAGGACGAGAAGAAGAGGAAAGAAAUGGUUCUCUCGAUCAUCACCGGCAUGCUCAUCUUCAUCCCAUUCGCCGGAGAGGCAGCUGCCGCCAUCGGUUGGGCCUCGUCCACCAUUGCGAAGAUCGGCAUCCUUAUCGGCGCCGCGGGGGACGCUGGUCUUAUGGGCGUGGACCUUGUUCAGAAUCCGGAGGCAGCUCCGAUGGCCGCUCUGGGGAUGCUUCUCAUGGGAGGUGGCGCGAGAAGUGCUAAGCGGGUUGCCGAACUUGCGGAGGCGAAGAAGGCGAUGGGUGGCGAUGAUCUGGCUAAGCUUGGAGCGGUAUUCAAGGCUAAUGAGGACAAGUUACAGGCGAUUCUCAAUGUCUGUCGCAAGCAGUGA